AAAUUUCAAAAAACCCCCAAAUCUUCCCCAGCACUGCAACUUCAUUUCUCCAUUUUCUCUCUCCUCUCCCUCUCUCUCUCUUUCCGCCAUAAUCAAAUCCUCAAAAAACCUCUGUAAAAAUGAUGUACGGUUCAUCAAUUUUCUUCGGACUCCGCUUAUUCCUCGCCGGAUUCACCCCUCAACAAUACCUCCUGGAUAAGUCGAGGAUUAUAAGUGAAGGAGGAGUUGUUUUCGAUGAGUACAGUCCGGAUUGCACUCACGUCGUCGUCCAAAACAUCGCCCUAGAUGAUCCUAUUUGUGUUACUGCCAGAAGGGAUGGGAAGACGGUUGUAACAAAUGUGUGGCUUAAUGAUAGUUUAGAAUACGGAGAGCUGUUGGGCAUUGGCAAUAUUCUGUAUAAGCCACCGAAGGCGCUGACUGGAAUUCCUGGUGCUAACGAGCUUGUUAUCUGCUUGACCGGAUACCAGGGCUUGCCUAGGGAAGACUUGAAGAUGAUGGUGAGCGUAAUGGGAGCCCAGAUUUCUAAACCACUGGUGGUGAAAAGAGUUACUCACCUUAUAUGCUACAAGUUUGAAGGGGAGAAGUAUGAUCUGGCUAAGAAAAUGAAUCUUACAAAAAUCGUAAAUCAUCAGUGGGUGGUUGAUUGUCUAAAGGCUUGGAAAAUUAUUCCGGAGGAGCCGUAUAGUACUACAAGUGGCUAUGAAUGUGAUCUUAUGGAAGCUGAGGCUAAAGAUUCUGAAGAUGAGACUGAAGAUAUUACUGGAAGAAACAAUAGUGGGAUCACUAAUUUGCAAAAUGAAAUGGGGGAAGCCCAUAUUUAUUCUGGUAUUGGUAGAAAGUUGCCUGUUUCGUCUGCACAACAAGGAUUCUCAAACAGUAUAUUAAUAAAGGAUGGAAAGUCGUUGCAGUCUGAUUUGCUGUCUGAGUCUACAAGUGUAAAUAAGUUGGGCAAGCAGUAUGUACAGGACCACAGAGCUCAGUCUCACAUGGAUGCUAAAUCUGAUAAUGUUGAUGGACAAAAUGCUGCACUUCUUCCAUCUAAUCAGAUUGGAAAAGGACACCCGUCCACUUCUGGAAAUACUAAGAAUUCAGGUGAUUUUGAAGCUGAGAAGUUGAAUAGCUCAGAAUACUCAAAGAAGACUUCAAAAGAAACUAGUGUUCCAUUGCACGUCGAAGAGGACGCAGAGGACAAAAUUGGAGCAAGAAAAACUCCAUCAAGCUCAAGAAAAGCUCCAAGAUCUAGGGCUUCCCUGCAAACUGCAGGAAAGAUUGCCAAGUCAGAUGAGAGGCCGGAAGAAAAAAUAACUGAAAUGACAACUGAAGGCGUGCCCACCUUCAAUCUAGAAACAGACGAGGCUACAGGCUUCUUUGGAGUAUCAAGUUCCAAAAGACAAGCUGAUCCUAAAGCUGGCAAGUGUAGUCCUUUAAAAUCAAAAAAUUCACCGAGAAAAUCUUGUCUCUCCCUGAAAUCUGAAGGAAAGUUGAGCAAUCUAGCUGAAAGGUUGCAAAAGCCUUUAGCUGAAAAUGUGAUUGCUGACUUGUGCACUUCUAAUACAGGAUCAGACCAAGGAAAAGCUGCUUCAGAAAUUGGAACAUCAAGUGCAGUUGCUGGUUUAUUUGAUGAAAAAGGCCCAGGUGGUUUACUGCCGCAAAAGAGGACUGCAGAUGGUUCAAAUGCUUCUAACACUACUCCCAAAUCUCAGAAGUUAACCACCUCAGCCAGUAAACGAGUUGGUGCAUCAGAACCUAGAACUGCUGUAAAUAAAUCUGUGGAGAGAAGUGGUGCCCUUAAUUCUGGCCGCAGAAUAGAAGAUGAGUUUGCCACAUCAUCUGCAGGUAGGUCAUCUCCCAAUGUUUCAUCUGCCAAGUCCAAUGCAAAGAAUGGUGGUCCCUCUAGAUCUUUGGCUUUCGAGAUGCUGCAAGUUAGUGAACCUAUGAACACAGAUGUUCCAACCACCCCUAAAACCAACAGUAUUUCUACUUCACUGGGAGUUGGUAACAAAAUUGGCCAACCACAGACUCUGCAGAAAGUUAUUGAUGCUUCUCCUGGCACCAAUGACUUAGAAGCUGUGAAGUCUGGGAGUCCGGAGUUGAAGUCUGCCGAUCAAACUUGUAAAUCUGUUUCAAAUCCACCAAAGAAAAAAAUGGUGGCUAGAAAAACUUUGGGUUCCAGACCUAAAGUAAGUAAAAGAAGUGCUGAUGCUCAGAGAAGUUCCGCCAAGAAACACCCCGUUCUAGAUGAUGUAUCGAUACACUCAGCGGGACAGGAAAAGAAAGAGCCGACUGCACCUUCACCUGCUGCUGAUAAAGCUCUGGUGCCCCCCACAGUAGAAGAGCCAAUUGGUUUGGGUUCUUCUAAGCCUCAACAGAAGUCUGAUACUGAAAUAAAUGACUAUGAUGCACUUUUAGAUGAUGAAACUGAAGGUCCACCAGAAUUCAAUGUGGAUAAUGAAUUCAAUGUGGCUGAAAUUGUUGGUACGAAGGAAGACUUGGUUUCACAGAAGAAGGAAAUGGCUGUGAAAGAUAGGAAAAAGUCUAAGCUUGCUGCAAAGGAAGUCGUCAAAGAUGAUGCAGAUGAGGCUGAAGCAGGAAAAACCAGUGAUGAUGUGAAUGAACAAGUAGUUGGUGCUGCUGCAAAGAAAAGGCGCAGUACUCUGUUGUUGAAUAAGUCAAAGAGGCCUGUUGAAGUGGAAAAAGAAAAUGAAUCUGUUUUUAUUGAUCGUGCUGAGGUGGGAAGAGAAAAUGAGCUUAUUCGUAAUGAUCAAUUUGCGAAUAAGGGUGUAACAGGGAAAUCAGCUUUGAAGAAUAAGCUUGGAAGUCUACUGUCAAACAAGUCAGAGGGUCCUGUUGAAGUGGAAAAUGAAAACGAGCCAAUAUUACAUCGCGAUGGACACAGUGACUGUAAAAAUUUCCCUUCUUUCAACAUGACACGAGAUAAUGUGGAAGUCGAAAAUAGAAGUGACUGUGGUGUUAGUAAUGACCAAGGUACAAAUAAGGUUGCAAAACGCCCUGGGAAGUUGGGUGGGAAGAAAAGGCGUGGCUCUCUGCAGUUAAAAAAGUCUGUUGAAAAGGAAAAUGAGUUAGUUCUUGAUGGUGGGCAACACAAUGGGAAGCUGAGUAGUGCAUCUGAUAUCUUAGAUAUAUCCACGGAAGUUGACAAAGAAAACGAACCUGUUCUUGCAAAUGAUCAAAAUACUAGUAAGGGUGUUAAACGUGCUGGUAAAUUAGCUGGGAAAAAGAGGCGUGGUGGCACUCUGGUGUUAAACAAGUCUGAGGUGCAAGUCCAUGAGGGUGAUGCGAAUAAACCGGAUCUUGAUGAUGGAAAGCUGACCAGUACUAAGUCCAAUUUGAUAAUCAAUGAGAGUGAUGCAGUAAGUAAGGGUGGAAAACAUGCUGGUAAAAUAGCGGGGAAAAAGAGGCGUGGCACUCUAGUGUUAAACAAGUCUAAUGAGGUGCAAGAAAAUGAUGAAUGUACCAGAAGUAAUCCGGUUUUUGAUAAUGAUGAAGAUGUAACUAAAGAUGGAACAAGUAAGUCGGAUUUGACAGCCAAUGAGAGUGAUGCAGCUAUUUCAAGUUCUUUAAACAUUCCUGAGUUAGAAAAGGUUAAAAAACAACAAACUGCAUACUUCAUACUUUGUGGACAUAGACUACAGAGAAAGGAGUUCCAACAACUCAUCAAGCGUCUCAAAGGAAAACUUUGCAGAGAUUCUCAUCAAUGGUCAUAUCAGGCUUCACAUUUUGUUGUUCCGGAACCUAUCCGCAGAACAGAGAAGUUCUUUGCUGCUGCAGCAUCUGGGAGCUGGAUUUUGAAGACUGAUUACUUAACUGCGAGUAGUCAGGCCGGUAAGUUCUUACCUGAGGAACCUUUCGAGUGGCACAAGAACGGCCUUAGUGAAGAUGGUGCUAUUAGUUUCGAGGCUCCAAGGAAGUGGCGCCUUCUAAGAGAGAAGACAGGUCAUGGUGCUUUCUAUGGCAUGCGAAUUGUAAUAUACGGGGAAUGCAUUGCUCCACCUUUGGAAACCUUAAAGCGAGUAAUAAAAGCCGGAGAUGGGACGAUCCUAGCUACUUCUCCACCAUACACCCGUAUUCUCGAAUCAGGUGUUGAUUUCGCCAUUGUUAGUCCCGGUAUGCCACGCGUUGAUAUAUGGGUUCAAGAGUUUCUCAGACACCAAAUUCCAUGUGUUUUGGCUGAUUACUUGGUAGAGUAUGUUUGCAAACCCGGAUACCCUCUCGAUAGGCACGUUCAAUACAACACCCAUGAGUGGGCUGCUAAGUCAUUCUCGAAGCUCUCGAGCCUAUCAGAAGAGGUCGUAGGCGUUGCUGAUGCUGCUGCUACUGCUACUGCUACUGCAACACCACCAGAUGAUCAUGAUCAGGUUAGUGAUGAUGAUGAUGACUUAGCAUGUCAAAUUUGUGGCUUAACUGAUAGAGGGGAAGUGAUGUUAGUCUGUGGUAAUGAGAGUGGUACCACUGGUUGUGGUGUUGGUAGUCACAUUGAUUGUUGUGAUCCUCCUCUCAAGGAUAUACCUGAAGAAGACUGGUUUUGUCCCAAGUGCUAUGAAUCUUUAGAAUAACCUUCCCGCAUCUUGCUUUUAGAGGUGAUUAAAAUUCGGGCCGGGCUUUAACACAAAAAACUCAUGCCCAACCCAAAAAAUUUGGUGUAGGCUUUUCGGGCUGGGUUCAAACUUUGGUCUAAAAAGUUGUAUUUGAGGUUGUCCAAACCUGUACUUUUCAGGUUGGGCCAUUUGGCUGGGAUAUAGAUGAUCAGGUCACAGGGUUGAGCCCCAUCAACUGCAAAAUGUUUAGGAGUGGCUCAAGCAAAGAUCUGCGUAGCUAGGGUGGUUAACUUGUGCUAGGUGCUGGUUCAGGGUCCAUUCUUCUUACCUUAAAAAAAUCUAGGUAGUUUUUAAGAGCAUUUACGAGUUAUAUAUGAAUGCUAAUAAUCUGUGAUUUGCAAGUUUGAACUUGCAAAUCACGGUUAUAAACUUGUCGUUUCUCCGUCGUGUACAGCCACAGUAUAGUAUAUAUUUGUAGGAAAUUGUUAAGAACCAGGAUCAAGUUAAAGUUAUGGUGUAGUACAAUUUAUCAUUGUGCUUUUGUAUUUUGUCCAGACUGAAUUCUACAUGAGAAGUUUAGUUUGUGUUAACAAUAAUGAAUGUUUUUAUUUUCUU